AUCAUUUGAAUUAUUUUUAACCUGGUAAUUUUCACACACUGAAUAUGAGUAAGUAGUAAGUUUAUAACAUCAGAUUAUACCAAGUGUUUUAAUAUUUAAAAAAUAAAGUUUACCUGAAGAGAAAAAUAAACAUUUUUGAUUUAUUUCCCGAUCUUAGGACGAUGUGGUUGUCCCGCCCCUUCACCUUACCGAUUGGCUGUUGUAAACAAUACACGCAGCUGAUUGGCUUAUUUUGCUGCACUGGGCGUGUGAGCCGCAGCGUCUUUAUCCCUCCUCUCCCUCUGAUUGGGUGACACUCAGCCAAGCAGACUGGUGAUUGGUUACGUGUAGGAAAGCAGCCAAUCAGAGGCAGGGCGCUGCUUCCUGUGGUGGCAGAGUGAUGUUUUGAUGAGUCUCCGGUAGAAGAGCCGUUACCGUCCCGGGACCAUGAGGAGAGUCACUCUGUUCGUUAACGGGAGCUCCGCUGACGGGAAGGUGGUUCCGGUGUUCGGUUCCCUGGAGGACCUUCUGGCCGCGGCCAGCGCCAAGCUGCGGGUUCGAGCUUCCGGUGUUUAUAACGGCAGCGGCGGCCUCAUCGAUGACGUCACUCUGAUCAGAGAUGAUGACGUGCUGUACAUAUCAGAGGCAGAUUCAUCUGAAGAUCCUCAGGAUGAACGUUCUGAUUGGCUCACGCUGAAUGUGGGCGGACGCUGCUUCACCACCACCAGGAGCACACUGGUCAGGAAAGAGCCUGAGAGCAUGUUGGCUCACAUGUUCAGAGAGAAAGACGGGUGGGGCAACAAGCAGGACUCUCAGGGGGCGUACCUGAUCGAUCGCAGCCCAGAUUACUUUGAACCCAUCCUGAAUUACCUGAGACAUGGACAGCUCAUCAUCAACGACGGGAUCAACCCACUGGGCGUCCUGGAAGAGGCUCGUUUCUUUGGUAUUGAGCCGCUCGCCGAGCAGCUGGAGACUCUCAUCAAGUCCUUGCAGCCGCCUGACGACCACUCACCUCUGACCCGCAAAGAGUUUAUUAGAUUCCUGUUGGGCACGACCACCAAGUCAGAGCUGCGGUGUCAGGGUCUGAACUUUAACGGUGCAGAUCUGUCUCGACUGGAUCUGCGCUACAUCAACUUCAAGAUGGCCAACCUGAGAGGAGCCAACCUGACGCACGCCAACCUGAGCGGGGCCAACCUGGAGCGAGCGGACCUGUCCAUGGCGUGUCUCGACGGAGCUAACCUGCAGGGAGUGAAGAUGCUCUGCACCAACGCUGAGGGGUCACUGAGAAGUUGUAACUUUGAGGAUCCAGCUGGAAUCAAAGCUAAUCUGGAAGGAGCAAACCUGAAGGGUGUGGACAGAGGAAGUCAGAUGACGGGGAUCAACCUGAGAGUCGCUACACAAAACGCCAAACUGAAGAACUGCAACCUGAGAGGAGCGACACUGGCGGGUCUUUCUCUCCAGAACUGUGACUUGUCAGGAUGUGAUCUUCAGGAGGCGAACCUCAGAGGCUCCAACGUGAAGGGAGCCAUCUUUGAGGAGAUGCUCACGCCGCUGCACAUGUCUCAGAGCGUCCGCUGAAGCCCCGCCCCCUUCCACAGUCCUAGGGAACGCUUCACAUCCCAACACACGCCCCCACGGCCAUGGAGCCAUUUUAACUAGUGAAUGUUUCAUGGUCCACAAGUAAAGACACGUUGUUCAUAAACUAUUUAAUAUUCUACUCAGGCUGCAAGUAACUGUAUUUUAUCUGUUAAUCGUCUGCAAGUAAACAAUUUGUUGUUCAUUAGAAAAAUGUCCAAAAACAUUGUGAAAAGUAAAAAAACUUUCCCAAAUCGAGAUGACAACUCAAAACAAUCCAUGAACCGUGUGAAUCACAAAUCCCCCCCCCCCCCUCGUCAUGACAACCAGUAAAAACUUUGUAUUUUGCUCUGAACCAAACAAACAAGUAUUAUCAUCAAUUCAACAGCUUAGAUUUAUCUUUAAUUGAUUUCUUUAUUGAGCAGCAGUUUUGUUACAUGGAGCUUUUGAAUGUAGUUUCUAAAAGUAAAUGUGUUUUCACACAUUUCUGAUAAAUCAUCAGCCUUGAAAACACUUUAAAGUUGGUUUAUAUAACUCAGUUGUGUGAUUGCUCCAGUGUCAGCAGCACUGAUGAAGUGAUUUGUUACAAAGGAAGAACGUGUCUCAUUCGUCCUCUGCUUUCCUCACUUGCCUUCUUCUUCGUUGCCUUCGUCUCCGUUCUCUCUCCACAAAACCUACUUUUAUUUUGGUUCCUUCAUUCUGAUUUGUUUUUGGUCUAAAUGGUUCAAAGUUCAGGUUGUGAACUGGAUCAGAACCGGUUCCAUGUUUGAAAACAGAUGUGAACCAGGCUCAUUGAGACCAAGAAAUGAAUCUUAUACAAAAUGUUCUGUAGCUGCAGCUUCAUCAUUUGACCUCUGGCAGUUAAUAACAGAUGAAGCACGUUUGUCUUCAUCAUUUUGUGAUGAAAUGAAAUUUAAAAAGCCUUGUACACUUCAUUACAUAAACAUUUAUAUAUAUAUAUAGUAUAUCAAACUCUGAAGAGUUGUACGUAUUUGUGACUGAGCUAAAACAUUUCAUUCCAUUAAACUGCUGUUGUAGUUCUGAACUGUGCCAACAGAAACAUGUAUAUUUUAUUAUGUGCAGACCUACUGAUGUUUGUAUAAUGUUUUAUACGUUAUUUUGCACGUUUGAUGUAAACUGGUGUGAAGUGUGAAAGCACAGAGGUGCUGACCCGUCUCUGGUUGUUUCAUCAGCAGGAUCAUUAAUAAAUGUUUUUCUUACAA